GUGCACCUAGUGAUGCCGAAGCCUCCGACAGCGACAGCGACGACUUGGUGCAAGCGCUUAUGGGUGAUGUUGAGAGUGUGGUCGACCCCGAGCUGGAUGAGAUAGCACGCCUGGGUACAGGAAAAGUCUACAGCAAUGCCUCCCGAAACCUGCAUAACUUCCUGCAUCGGAAAGGAAAAACGCUGCCUGUGGCCAUAUCUUCAGUGAAGCUGAUUAUCCGACGCCCCAAGAAAGGGGGUGGUGAAUUUGUCACAGACUAUCCCCUGAUUUACUUGUCAAGUUGGAUGAAGUACAUCUUGCAGAGUGGUGGCGAAUUCCUCUUGGGUGGCUGGACUACUGACCAGCCAGACAACUACAAGCGGAUGCUUUCCAGAUUCUGGCAACGGUAUCGAGUAGUGAAUGCUGUCCAUCCAAUAUACUCCGAGAAGUCCUCCGAGCAGUGGGCAUUUUGCAUACCAGUUGCAGUGCAUGGUGACGAAGGAAGAGGGCUGGCAAAACUGCCAGUGCUUGUCGAAUCAUAUCAACCAAUUUUGCCGGGGAGUGGUGAAGACAAACUCAACCUGGUUGGGCAUACCUACACCACACGCUUGCUGGCUACAAUCCUGCCAUCAGCAUGUUAUGCCAAGAAAGACCAGUCGGUGGACGGCCUCCACAGGGCCAUGGCUGAUGAUCUGACUGCCUCGUUUCGCGACGGAGUGACUGUUGAGGCCGGGAAUGGGGCCGUGCAGCUUUGA